AUGCUUGCCGAAAAUGAUGAAGUCGGACCUGCUGAACCGGGCGACGCCGAUUCUGAUAACCCCGAGGUUGCUGAACAAAUUUACUUGUUCAUUCUUGUAUUUCAGAGCGAUGAUGAAGAUCAAAGCGACAAACCGUGUGAUCAAUCUUUGAGAGGCUCUCUAACGUCGUUAGAGGUGCUUUUUUCAUCAAAUCGGGAUUUUUUGGUAUUCACAGUGUCCGGGUUCAUAACUUGAAUUUUCGUGAUGAGAGAGUUUCUGAAAAUUUUUUAUUCGAAGAUGUCUUAUCAAUCAUUAAAUUUAUAGGACGACCAGAAAACAGUGACAAAAAAGUUGCGAACUCAAUACCCAACUGUCAGAGAAAGAGCAUGGGUAAGAACUGUUUGAAAGAAAAAAAAAACCAUUGGAUUGGGAUUUAGAGUGUCUCUUUCCCGAGAAAAUGGGACAAAGGAAAUGGUUCUUCGGUUCUCUCGGUGACGUCACACGGCCUACGAUUGUCUUAUCACGAAGGUAAGUUUAUUGAAACUUCUUAACGUCUUUAGGAUUGUCACUUGUUCCCUUUUUCGAAACUCAAAAAUACAGUUUCAAUUUUUUAACUUGACCACAGAAAGAAAAUUUUUUUGCCGUUUCUGCAAUAUUUUUCUUCGAAGAUAGCUUAGAUGAGUCUAGGAGAGCUCCCAGCUCAGGAACUCGAGAAUGGUUGGGGGACCCUGAGAGGGUCCUUUUAAGGACCAUUCACAUGCAAAAAAAUAACCCUUUUGAAUAAAAAUUUAACGACCCCUAUAGGGAGCCCUUUGAAGACCUCUUUACCAACCCUCUAAAGCUUGCAGAAGUGGUUCCUAUAGGGGUUUAGGUUAGUGGUUCUUAUAAUGAAAAUACUAGUCGACAAUUUUCAUGAACUCUAUGCGAAAAACUAAACAAUGGAUCUUUUUAGAAUAAAAUUUAUAGCCCCCUCUAGGGACCACCUUGGCUUUACCCCUAUAGGUACCACUCUAAAAUUCGUAAAAGAGGUUCACCGGGGUUUAUGUAUCGACCAUUAUCAUUCAAAAGAUGAGUCUUUAGGGACGGAAACGGCUCGUGACAAGAAAGAUUCGGCGUCGAUAAAGACGGACAGUCCGAUUCCGACGACCUGCGGCAUCUACUAUUUCGAGAUAACAGUUGUGAAGGCCGACAAGGGCCAAUUAGGCAUCGGGCUGACCAAGAAAGACGGUCCGACCAACAGGAUGCCUGGUGAGUGCGACGGGAUGCGAGGGAUGAGGGGGAUGUCCGCAGGCUGGGACCGCAAUUCCUUUGGCUACCACGGGGACGACGGCCACUUCUUUUCCUCCUCUGGCAACGGCGUUGAGUACGGACCUUCGUUCGGCACUGGCGACGUCGUCGGCUGCGGCCUCAAUUCUCACGCUCGCAGUGUUUUCUUCACCAAAAACGGAAAGAACCUCGGUUUGUUCCUUUCGUCUAACUAAAAAAGGAAACCUUAGGAACUUUAAAAGAUUCUGAAAGUUUCUAAGUCAAGUCUUUUUCUAGAGUUAAAUCUCCUAUAAAAAAACAAAUUCCAUUAUUGUUUCUCAUUUUUUCGAGGUUAAAUAUCAUUAAAACGUAGCAUAUAAACUUUUAUUCUUCGAUAUUUGAUAAAAAAAGUGAAAAAUAAACAUUUAUAGUUCAUUUUUCGUGUUGUUUUCUUCGAUUUAAUGAGAAGAAAAGAAUCGAAUUUAACUGAAAUCUUCUUUUCUAAGUUUUUUUUUUCAAAUUUUUCACGGAGCUCAAAUAAAAGCCAAAAAGUUUGACUUUUUCUAUUUGUAAUGUUUUCGAUUAUAGUGUGUUUUUUGAAGGAAUCGCAACCGUAUGCUCGAAAAAUGUGAGCGGAUUUUUUCCAACUGUGGGCCUUCAAAUGCCUGACGUCAUAAUCGAAGCCAACUUCGGACACAAAGAGUUCGCCUACGACAUUGAUAGUCAUCGAAAAGUAACCGGAAAUGUUGGUUUCCCAACUUCACAAAUUUUUCUUGAAGAUAUCGCAACAGCAAAAUAUCGAGGUGAUCGAACGUGUGCCUCUUCCGGACGAUAUGAAGAACUGGAUCGACGGGUUUUUUCCAUCCCCGAAAAAUAGCAUCAAUUUGUUCUCUCAGCACUAUUUCUUCCUUUUUGUCCUACGAGGGAGGCGUGAAGACGUUGAAACUGUUCAAUGAGACCGUGGCUGCGACGUACGACGAGAAGCUGAACAGUAUAUACAUUCGGACCAGUCAGUUUUGUUUUUCGACCAGUUUUCCUAAAGUCGUUGAGAAAACGUUUUUCUCGAAAAACAUGACCAAAACUUAGUAACUCCAGGGUGGUCACUAUAGGGGCAGCCUUAGGGCCUUUGAAGAGUCCCUCUAGGGACCAUUUUACCAACCCCUAUAGGGGCCACUAGAGCUUGCGAAAGUGUUCCCUGUAGGGGUUUUAGUUAGUGGCUCCUAUAGCCCUUAUAUACGCCUUUAAUUUACAUUAUAGGGAUCACUUUGUCGGUCCUUAUAGGGGCUGUUUUUCCCCCUAACUUCUAAAGCCUAUAGGAACCAUUCAAGUUUUAGGGGUUAAGCGGUCAGAACUUAAAAACUUCUAUAAGGACCACCUGGAGUUUACUCCUCCAGGGGCCAAUUUUUAGAUCCCUAUAGAGGCCACCUUGAUCUUACCCCUAUAGGGACUACUUUAUCUGUUUUUGUGAGAUCCCUAUAGGGACCACUCCAAAAGUUUCCCAGUUUCAUUUUCAGAAAUUCACAAAUACAUCGAAAGAGGGUCGAAAUAUGAGAAAAUAAACGCUCUGAUUCGACAAUAUUUUCCGAAUCUCCGUAAACAGGAUGACAAUGUUCGCCUUCUGCUGUUUUGCUAUCGCUUUGCAGAAACCGCUGCCGAGUUGGCCAGGGUUGGUUUUUUUUUUUUCUCAUGCUGUAUUAUUACUUUUUUCUAAAGAUUCAACGGUCGCAUACGAAGCCAAAACGAGAGAGGAAAGGGAAACUGGUCAAGAACGGUUUCGUCAAAAACGGAAUCUCCAACGAGAAAACCAAGGAUUCGAAUACCAACGGAAAGCAAAUUGAGAAACAAAAUGAAGAGGCUGUCGGUAGCGAGAAAAAUGGCUCCGAAAUAUCUUCGAUCAACGGAUCCAAUCAAAAAGAAAAGGAUAAUGGAAAUGAGAGCGCGACGACGCCUACUAUAACCCCUGCGGAACCUGAAAAACCAAGGAAAAAUAAGACGAGAAAGAUGCUCAAACUGCUAGGAAGAGAAGACGAGCUUAAACGGUUGGAUGAAGAAGCAAGACGUGAGACUUGAAUUUCAUGACAUUUGUUCAGAAAAAAAACUGAUCAAGUAUAAUGAUUCCAUUUGUGGUAUUUUUGUUUCUUUUGUAAAGCGCAAAGAGAUCUCUGUAGGGGCGACCUUAGGAUUCUUGGAGGGUCUCCUCUAGGGAUCACUUUACCAACCCCUAUAGUGGCCACUUUAGCAAAAGGGGUCCAUGUGGGGGUUUUAGUUAGUGGCCCCUGUAGAGGCAUGAUAGUCGCUAAGCGAAGAAGCAUUUCCAUAAGAGAAACUGAACUAUUGGACGUUUUUUGAAUGAAAUUGGAAGAACCCUAUAGGGUUCACUUGAGCUUUGGGGGUAAGGGGUCUGACCCUUUUCUAAGGACAACCUUAACUUUACCUCUCUAGGGACCACUUUCCCGUUCCUUAAAGGGUUCUUUUCUUACCUAACCUCUAUAGGGACCACUCUGGUGUUUCAAGAAAACAUGAAACUUCCGAAAAUUGGUCAAAAUUCAGCCGAUUUCAGCACUCAAAUGCAUCAAAGCAAAAACUUUGUAUAAGAAAAGAUCUCCCUUAUACUUUCCUUUGCGUGAAAAUCUACAAUUUACUGAAGCUUUCAGUAUUUUUUUUUUUAAGAAGCGGCUCUUUUCGAUCCGAGUGCAUUUGUGGCGCCUUCCUGCGCUCCGUCGACCAGCAAGGUCAGCGAGAUCGACGAGGUCAAGAAGAGCCUUGUCAGCAAUCCCCACAAACGCGGAAGGUCCAAAGAAGGUUUUUUAUUCGUUUCACUUGAACGAAAGUAUUCGUUGGCUGCAGAGACUUUCCGCAGAGACAAGUUGGACGCUUCGCCGGCCCGAAAAUCGCCCGCGGUCACUCGGCGUCACGCAGAAAAGUUGGUUUUUUUUAAACCAGAUAAGUGAAAAUCUUGUACUUAUUCAGGCUACCUUUUGACUCCUUUUUAAUGAAGGACAUAUUUUUUUGUUAUGAAAGUCUUAAAGAAUCAGAAUCUAUAAAUAAGCUGAAAAUAUUUUGUGCGGACCCUCUAUUUUCAAGUAAUUCUUUUGGCACAACUCACUCCUACAGGAGCCAUUAUAGCAUUCAAAAGGGGCCCCCAUAGGGGACAUGCUUGUCGAUAGUUUUGAUGAAAUUUCCAUGCGAAAAACUAAACAAAUAACCUUUUUUGAAUAAAAAUUGGAAGACCCCUAUAGGGACGACUUAAUCUUUAGGGGCUAAGAGGUCAGACCCUAAACCCCUAUAGGGACCACUUUUUCGGUCACUAUAGGGUUUAUCACGAAAACUCCGAAGCAAUUUUUGAAUAAAUUUAUGUAGCCAAUUAGAUUUUGUUCAACGCCAUUCUAAUUGUGAUACUGAAAAUUUGAAAAUGUAGUUUUGAUGGUUUCUGUAGUUGUUUUUCACUGUCGAUUCCUCCAAAGUCCACUCCAUUCAGGUGCAAGAACACUGGCACAGGGACGCCGAGCAAAAACGGCCGAUCGCCGAAAAAAACUUUUCGAUCAGGACAAGAAUCAGCCACUGGGGCUGUCCAAGACGGAGGUCUGCAAAAGCUUUAUUUCUUAAAAAUGUCGGGAGAAUUGUUUAAAAAUCACUGUCAGUGAUGUUUUCCACAGAAAUUUUUGUACAAACUAAGCAAUAUUUGCUUUUUUGGUUCAUUUCAAAAUGAGAGAAAUUAUUCUAUUGAAUCUUUUCGAAAUCAAGAAUCUAGUAUCGUUUUGAUAUCGCACAGUUUGUUAAAAAAUAGAUCGAAGAAAAAUUUUCAGUGACCCCUUCCAACGGAACCAAAAGAGAAAUCGAAGAAAAGCACCCAUUUGACGCCUCCAGAAGAUUUUGACGCUGACGCGUUUCGGUAUCCAAAGCUCUUUGAAUUUAUUCAAAAAAAGUUUUGCAGGGAGCGUAUGACUGAACUCAUCAGCUUCGGCGGCACGAUCUUCAGAUUCGCCUCCCAAAUCACUGGCCUGAAGGAUGAAACUCGAGAAAUCGUAGAGGUUGGCUUCAACUUUCACCUUUAGAAACUCAACUGUGGGCUCUAACAAAAUCUUGGCAUUUUUCAGAUCUCCCUGUGCUCCCUGGCCCAGCUCCGACCGCCCAAGAAAGUUCUGAACGUCGAACAGAGGCAAUACAUCGCGAAAUGUGUCAGCGCCGCUAUCCAUGGUUUCCCUGACGUCUCAGACCUAAUUAUGACCCUCAAACGUGUAGAAAUGUACGGAAGGGCGCCUCAUUCUCAGCUCACCGGACUGUUCCUUGGUUGGCGUGGACUUCGAGAUCGUAUGGGAGUUUAUCGCGUUCCUGCCGCCGCCUUCACUGGAAUCCGCACUAUGGUCCGUUUAAUAGUAAUCAUGAUUUAUUUCAUUCACAAAAAUAUCAUCAGUGACAAAUCAGGACUUUUUUAGACUUUUAAAAACGAACAGUCCUUUUGAAAACAAAAAGUGAAUCUUGAAAAAGAAUUGAGGCACUCUAACAAAAAUGAGGAUGAAACCCGCAGUGAACCCCGAAAAAGUGAAUUUUUCGUUAAUUUUACCCGGAGGUGCACCUAAAUGGCGUGCACCCCUGGGGCAACCGCGCGGAAAUGAAAAGCUGUUUUUGAGCUACCGUAACAGCUCAGGAUGAAACAGUAUAAAAUGGUGAUAUUGGGAAACAAACCACUUGAAAGUCGUGUACGGAAUAAGUACCUUAAUAGGCAUUUAAAACUAAGCGGGGUACACCUCUGGUUACUCUGCGGGGUGCACCGUUGGUUCGAGGCAGGGUGCACCGCAACUUUUGUUAGAGUAUUUCAGAAAUUAUGCUUUGAUCGUUCCUUGCUUUUCAUUAUAUUAUAAUUCAUGACUGCUAUCUUUUAUAAAAAUUUAAUAGCAACGUUUCCGUUCACAUAGAAAGUGAAUAGUUAUCGAUCUUAAACUCCGAUGACCUUCACUUAUUUCCACCCCCAAUGGAGCGAAUUAUUGAGUUAAGGUACCAAAACCUUUUCAUUUAAAGAUUGAAAAAAAAUUUUGAAUGGAAAAAUUGUGUUUUCCGAUGAACACGGCAUGAAAUUUAUGUAUAGAAACGGUCAAAACGAACUUCAUUGCAGUUAAAAAUGGAGCUCCCCCCUGAGGAAAAAGAAAAAGUCGACACCGUCGAGCCGACGAACGACACGAACGGCGUCGCGAUGCAAGAAUAA